CAGAUGCCCAAGGAACUGAAAGAUGUCAAAAUUGCCAUCCUAACCUGCCCCUUUGAGCCACCUAAACCCAAGACUAAGCAUAAGUUGGACGUGACCUCUGUGGAGGACUACAAAGCGCUGCAGAAAUAUGAAAAAGAGAAGUUUGAGGAGAUGAUCCAGCAGGUCAAAAGCAACGGUGCAAACUUGGCCAUCUGUCAGUGGGGCUUUGACGACGAAGCGAACCACCUUCUGCUGCAGAAUGAGCUGCCUGCGGUACGCUGGGUUGGAGGACCUGAGAUUGAGUUGAUAGCCAUCGCCACAGGAGGGCGCAUUGUGCCGAGGUUCUGUGAGCUGACGCCUGAAAAGCUUGGCACAGCUGGCUUGGUGAAGGAAAUCUCCUUCGGCACGACCAAGGAUCACAUGCUGGUUAUUCAGGAGUGCAAAAACACGAGGGCCGUAACAAUUUUCAUCCGUGGGGGCAACAAAAUGAUCAUCGAGGAGGCCAAGCGCGCUCUC